UAUUUCAGAAGAAAAUUUUAUUACACCCUCAAGAAAAUAUUGAUUGUGUUAAAUAAAUUUUUGUAACAAAAUGUCGGAACACGGUUCAGAAGACGAGGAUAAGGAACUUCAAGUUUCACCCACACAAGUCGUAAUUGAUGCAAAAGAAAUCUUCCCAAGUUCUUCCCAGUCUCUUUCUACUGAGAAUCUCAGCCUCAGUUAUGUGCCAACUUUCUCAACAGAAUGCGAGGUAGAGGAAGAAAUGUCAGAAAUGACACCAGAAGAGCAUAAACCAUCGCUUACAAGUAUUAUAGCGGAAUCGGAACGUACUGGCCCAACAUGGGAUAAAAUAAAUAAAAUUUGUGAUAUUGAGGGCUACGACUUUGAUGAGGAAAACUGUGCUGAUAUACCAAGAGCAGAUAUAUGCCCAUCAAUAAUUAGCGAACAGAAAACUGAGACGGAGUCAACAAUAUCAAUGCCACCAAAAAAAUCAUACGUUAGGGAAUUAAUGGAAAAGCAGCAUAAAGAAGCUGUACAAUGGUUAGAAGAACGUAAAAAAUUGCAGGAGGAGGAGGAAGAGGGUCCUAAAAUGCAAUUUACGAAAGACGAUGCACAAAAUUUAAUGCAUAUUUAUGAUACAAUUUUUAAGGAUGAUCUCCAAGAUGCUCUAGAAUUAGAACGAAAAGCUAUUAUUGAUUGCUAUGAUAAUAUGGAAAUAAAAGUUGGUUCUCUUGAUACAGAAGAUGAUAAAUCAAGCUCCUGCGCAGGCAUUCUUAAUGAAGAGAAACCACAACCUUACACUUUAGAUAAUGAGUAUUUAGCACCAAAUCAUCCACUUAUGAAAAAGUUUCAGCAGAUGUUACGAGACCAUCUAUUAUUUGUAAAAGGUGAUAUAAAGAAGGAAAUUGAUGAACUCAAUUUAAUUCGUAAAAAAUAUGAACAGAAUAAAUUUGAUCUCGCACACAAGUUACACAAUUUACGUAAAGAAAGUAAAUCUCAAGAACCAAUUGUAAAAGCUAUCCAGGACGGUGUUGAAACUUCUUCAGUAAUUCGAACUACGAAGGAAAAAAAUAUUCAAGAAUUAGCCGCAAAACACGACGAAAAGAAGAAAGCAUUCAAUAAGUUGAAAGCUGAUUACGAUCGUCUGUCAUAUGAUUUGGAAAAUAUACAGAGAAUUAGUUUUAGCAUAAAUAAAUGGACGGAUGAAGCCGAAGGAGAAAUAAAGGCCGCGAAACGUGUUAUAUGUAAAGAUACAAAAUUACAGAAGGACAUGUGGGAAGAACAAAAGAAAGCAGAUAUCAUUUACAAUUAUAUGGAUUUAGAAUUAAAGAAGUAUAAGAAACAACUGGCUGCAGUACGCGAAGUGAUCCAAGAUGCUAAUACAUCGAUUCCCAAAUUACAAUUAUGUAAAAGCAGAGCAACUGUUGAUAUUGAGUCCUUACAAAAGGAGUAUGCUGCACUAUCAGGACGCUGGCGAGAAGUAAUCACUGCAAUUGCACAACGCGAUAAACUGUUUGAUCAACUACAAUACGAUAUUAGCGAAUCCAAAGAAGCUAGAAGGUUAGAUGUAGCAGCUAUAGAUGCAAUCAAGAAGAAAGCCCUGAAAGCAAAAGUAUUAAAUGAUAGACUUAAAGAAUUUAGAGAACAUUUGCGUUUCGAAUAUGAUGAAAUAAAUAGAGAUAUGUUGCUCGAUAUGGAAGCAAUGAAUACUUUGGAGAAAAGACUUGAAGAACUACCUUCUUUACUUAGACAAUCUGAAAGAGACUAUAGGCGCGGUAAAAAAGAACUGCAACGAUUUGAAGCAAAUAUCAAUCGUUUACAGUUUAAAAUGGAAAAACAAGACUUAAGAAAAUACAAAGCUGAUCAAGCCAUGUUACAGUCAGCUCAAGAACAACUUUUAACAGAGAAGGCUAGUACAUAUCGCUUAAAAUUACUAGACGAAAUGCAAGUGAAACGGCGUACCAUGGAGUUAAGUCUGGCAAACUCCCAAGUAAGAUUAUCCAGUUUAACUUUACAUAUGGAGAGCUUUAAGAAUGUCCUUUUGCGACUUUAUAAAGAAAAAGAAGCCAUAGCUGGAGAAUAUGAUAGAAUUAAUGGAAUUUAUGAAAUUUAUAUUGGUCAACAAAAUGUUUUAAAUCAGCAAAUUAAAGUUAAAAUGAAUCAAAUUGAAGGACUGUCACGUAAAUAUAGCCAUUUGGUGAGAAUAUCGGAAAUGGGAGACAGUCCAAUUGAAAUUAGAAUUUCGAUAGCAGAGAAAAAGAUAUCUCAGGUUGAAGACGUAUUAAAGGAUUGUCAGAAGUUUUGGUUAAUGUUACAGAACUACUUCAUGAAUAUGACAGGAAAGAGAAAUAUACAAGUGAAUGCACUAAAUAUAGCUGAGCGACAAUUUUCAAUACUGAAACAAAAAAAUAUGGGAUUAGAUGCAACUAUUACAGAAAUCUCCAGACAAGGUGCUGAACUUGAACGCGAUGUAGUAACGACUAAAGUGAGAGUACAAUAUCUCAAUAGUGCAUUUCACGAGCAACGUAAUAAGCAUAAAGACGACGAAAUAGAGUGCGAGUUUGAUCAAUUAGAAGUAAUGGAAAAUCUAAAAAAUAAGGAAAUGGAAAUGUUGCAAAUGGAAGAUGAAGUAAGUGAUUUAUUUAAAGAUGUUGAGACUUACAAAGAUCUGGUGUUAGAUUUGCACCGCGAGGCUCUAUCGUGGGAAGCGAAAUAUAAAAUAAUAGAAGAUACCAUGGCUUGGCGUAAGUCUUCGCAUGAUAGCCAAAGUGAAAUCACAGAAAUGAAGAACGAAAUUCAUCGUAUGGAGAUACGCUUCAAGCAAUUAGUACGUGCUCAACAAAAAUUAAUACAGGAUCUUGAACAUUGUGUCAUGCACCGUGAACGUAUUUAUAUUACUUCCGUAUUAACACGGCAGGCAGAAAAUAAAUGGAGACACUGUGACGAUCACAUUCAACUACGACGUAAAUUAGAAGAAAAUAAAGUAAAAGUAGACAUCCAACGUAGAAAAAUUCGGUCAUUAAAGAAAAGAGAUGAGGAAGCUUGUCCAAAUGUACAAGCAAUAAGUAACAGAAUAUCUAAAAUAAUUGAAGACAUGGCUACUGUGAGAAAUGAAAUGCGUGCCAUCGAUGUUGAAAUCGUAGAGGUAUUGAAUGUAAAAUAUCAAUAUCUGGAAUUCACCGUGCGUUCCCAAAAGCACUCUCAACGUUAUCAAAAAUUUACUAAAACUAUUAAGACCACAGCAACCUUGCCAAGGAUGCGAUCUGAAGCUAAAGUUGAUCAAGCUGCUCCACACCACGUUGAAAGAAUACGUGAUUUUUUGCAAUUUAGCACUAAUAUGAUUAAACGCUUUCCAGAGAAAAAAAUUAUGUUAUGUAAAGUGAUGCAUAUGUCUACAGAUUAGUUUAA